AUGUCAGACAACAACAACACCUUCCGUUCCUCCCAAGCAGAAGAAAGCUAUAAAAGCUCUCAACCAUCAUCUCCAGCAGAUCAGCCGGGGUCCCAGUCGUACGGGUUCUCCUACUCCCCACGAUCCGCUAACGACCACCCAGCUGGUGGUGCCCCGGACAAUGAUACUACACAUCAGUCUAGAACAGAGGGAAGCCGUCUGACUUUCUGCGGACCAGGCUGUCCAGGACAUGAUGAGGAAGAGUACAACUCCCUCAGAUCUUUUGCUCUUGAACUGAGAUCAUCACUGGGACCCGCAGGUUCUAUGUUGAUGCUUGCCGCCCUCAGUGCACUCAGCAACGGGGUCAUACCAUCUCAAUACUUGGCCCCGGAAGCGAACUUGGAGAGAGAUGCAGAGAGUGAAUCCAAUGACUACAAGGAUCAGGAGGAGGAAGACAAGGAGGAGGAGGAUCACGAGACGGUUGAGGAACAGACAGAGACCAAGUUCACCCUCAACACAACUCACGGGACGCAGGAGCACAAGGAUGAGGGUGACAAUGAUGAUCAAACCCGCUGA